AUUCAGCAUUUCUUCCAUCAAGAGUACUUAUCGGAGUACCGUGGAUCGUCAGUUAGCCAAAAAUUAUUUUAAAGGUUAUUUAAACAAGAUUUCUCUUAAAAUGAGUACUAAAUUAAAAAAGGGAACUUCAGGUUAUGCUGAUUCAACACAAGAUAUUUCAACAAGAAGAUCACUUUUAACAGUCGUAUUAAUUUUUCUAACCUCACUUGCAGCUUUGUGUUAUGUUUAUGCCAAUUUCCCAGAUCUAGAUGAGAGUGAAAAGAAGUAUAUAAAAUUACCAUUACACAUUGAAGAUGCUCAGAAUCUUGGAAGGGUCCUAGAACGAUAUAAACAACUGUACUACCUCGAAGUCUUAACUGGUUUAUUUAUUACAUAUAUAUUUCUUCAAACAUUUGCAAUACCAGGAUCAAUAUUUUUAUCAAUCCUAUCAGGAUUUUUAUUUUCAUUUCCACUAGCUUUAUUAUUAGUAUGUACUUGUAGUGCUAUUGGUGCAUCACUUUGUUAUUUAUUAUCAUCACUAUUAGGUAGGAAACUUUUAUUUAAAUAUUUCCCAGACCGAGCAAAUCAAUGGUCUCUAACCAUUGAAAAGCAUAAAAAUAAUUUACUAAAUUAUAUCAUAUUUUUAAGAAUAACACCAUUUUUACCUAAUUGGUUUAUCAACUUAGCUAGUCCUGUUAUUGGUGUUCCAAUGAUUCCUUUUAUUGUUGGUACAUUUAUUGGUGUUGCACCACCAUCAUUCGUAGCUAUUCAAGCAGGACAAACUUUAAAUAAAUUGACAUCAUCUAGUGAUGCUUGGUCAUGGACAAGUAUUAUUAUAUUAUUCAUAUUUGCUUUACUAUCUCUAGUACCUGUUUUAUUUAAAAAGAGCUUUAGACAAAAGUUUGAUUGAUUUAUUCAAUUAAUAAACACUUCCAAAGAAAUUA